CUUUGACAUUUACUUCAAGUAAGGAUAAAAUUUCGAUUUUCGACCUUCGUAAAUUCUGCGUGAUUGUGAAUCACGAAAUUAUUAGAAUAGUUUUUUAGUUUAGAAAAUUUAGUGUAAUCGCAAUCGAAAAUGUCUAUUUUUAGUGAUAUAUUACCAUUAAAUAAGAAUGAAGAAAAGAAACAGGCCCAGGCGAGCGCGAAUCUUUCGCCAUACCUAAACUUUGACCCGAACUACAUACCGAAAAUGCAACCAGAGUUCCUUUAUCCUGACGAAAGCCAUAUGUCCUCGACUGCCAGACGGUCUAAUGUAGCCCUACCCAUCAUUGGGAUGUCUUUCAUGACAGGAUCAGGCCUUGGAGGCAUGACAGGUCUGUACAAAGGAUUGAGAGCGACAACCCUUGCUGGACAAACAGGCAAAGUGCGGAGAACACAACUAAUAAAUUAUGUUAUGAAACAGGGCACAACAACUGGCUGCACUUUAGGAAUCAUUGCAUCAUUUUAUUCCACACUCGCUCUUGGUGUCACAUGGGUUCGCGAUAAGGAAGACACAGCAAACACAUUCAUUGCAGCCGCUGCCACUGGUAUGCUAUAUAAAAGCACGGCUGGUCUACGCUCUAUGGGUUUAGGUGCAGCUGCCGGGCUUACGUUAGCAGGAAUAUAUACCCUUGUCACAGAUAAUGACAAUAUAUGGAGUAAAGCUAGAUAUAUAAGAAUGUGAAACCGCCUUGUUAUGCUAUGCACACUUAACAUGCUGCACUGCAAUUCAUUAUACUGCUAAUUGAUUUUCUUAACAGUUGCUUUCCGAGAGACCUGCUUCAUAGAUUACUUUAGUUUAUACAUAAAGUAUAACUAUGCUAAGCAACUACUCAGAAAUCACAAAUAUUUUAUGUCAAAAAAUCUGAAUCAAAAACAAAAAUUUUAUGUCAAAACAUCCAAAUAUGUUUAUGAAACAAGACUUCUUGGUAUAGAACAAAAGUUCUUGGGAUGUAGUAUACAAAAGUAGUUCCAUAUACAUAACAUGGAAAAAAUAAUAUAUCUUAAUUUUUUCUGAUGUUUUAAUAAUUCUAAUGCUAUUUGGAGUAGUGUUCUCAUAUGAUUUACUCUUAAUAAACAAAAGACCAUAGAAAUUAAUUAUUUAGUAUGUUAUGUUAUAAAUAUUUUAAAUUUUCUUACUAAUGUUCUUGCUCAAGUAUCUUUAAAUUUAUAAUAAAUAUUGUUUUACAGUGCAGCAAGUAAAUGUGGUAUAGCAUUUAGUUAUAUGUAAAUAAUAGACUGUUAUUUUUAGUUGUUACGUUAAUUGCAAUCAGCACCAAAGGAUCUGUAAGUGUUCAUGACUUGUUUGUGCCAUGUCCAGUACACUUUAGUCUAGAAUGUGUUGAUAGUUCCUGCUAACGAUUUUGAGCCCUAUAUCGGAACAGGAUUAGCACAAUAAUUAUGUAUAAGCCAUUAAAUAAAACAAUAUAUUUGGAAAAGUAA